AUGACAACUCCCAAAAGCACCGUGGCAGAGCCCAUGGGGGAAAAGCCAGUGGGGAGCCUGGCUGGGAUUGGUGAUGCCCUGAGCAAGAAGCUGGAGGAAAGGGGCUUUGACAAGAAGUAUGUGGUCCCUGGCCAGUUUCUGGUACUAAAGAAACAUGAAGACCUCUUUCGAGAAUGGCUGAAAGACACAUGUGGUGCCAAUGCCAAGCAGUCCCGGGACUGCUUUGGGUGCCUUCGAGAAUGGUGUGAUGCCUUCUUGUUAUGUUCUCUGGGGACCCCUCAGCCCCCAGCCACAGCAUAG